AUGAUUGAUGACGACCAGUGGGCUCGCAUUGUAAGGGCCGUGUCAAGACUUCUCGGAUGGGUCUAUACAUUAUCCUGGAGUGCUUCGUUCUAUCCCCAACCGUGGCUGAAUUGGAAACGUCGGUCCACUCAUGGCCUUACCAUCGACUUUCCGCUUCUCAACGUCCUCGGUUUUGUAUGCUACAGCAUAUCGACCUGCUCUUUCCUGUAUUCACCAACAAUCCGAGAACAAUAUGCCGUGAGGCACCCCUUAUCCCCAGAGCCGACCGUUCAGGUGAAUGAUGUUGCCUUUGGCCUGCACGCCGUUGUCCUCGUCAUCUUGACGUAUUCGCAAUUCUUCUCGCGGCUUUGGGGCUUUCGAGACGCAGCCCAUCAGCGAGCCACUCGCCCAGUUUUGGCAAUAGUGUGGGGGAGCCUUCUGGCUGUGGCUGGCACGGUUGUGAUGGUACUUUUCCGCUCAGGAUUGAGGGACCAGGAUCCGAUGGACUGGGCAUGGAUAGAUGUGCUGUACACUUUGGGAUAUGUCAAGCUCGUCUGCACAUUCGUUAAGUACAUUCCACAAGCGUUCUUCAACUAUAAGCGCCAAUCGACCGAGGGAUGGAGCAUACUGCAAAUCUUGUUCGAUCUUACCGGAGGUGUGCUGUCCAUAGCUCAGCUGAUUCUCGAUGCGAGCUUCGGCGGUGACUGGAGUGGAAUCACUGGAAAUCCUCUGAAGUUGGGGCUCGCGAAUAUUAGCAUGGGCUUUGACCUGCUUUUCAUCGUCCAGCACUAUAUUCUGUACCGGGGCCGAGAAGGGACGAGCAAAGGCUCGGACGAUGACAACGACCCCGAACGGCCGCUACUCAGUCGUUGA